AUACUAUUAAAACAGGGUUCAAGUAAAGAUACUGAAUGGAAUGAUAUAUUGAAAGAUUUUGGAAUUCUUCCUCCAAAAGAAAAACUGAAAGAUGAAAUUGAAGAAAUGGUUUUACACUCACAGAAAGAAGCACAGGGCAAGCAACAAGACUUGCAAGAAUGGAAAUCUCAGAGGAGGCAAAAGUAGGGGGAACUAAGAGAAAGCUGUAGAAAGCAGUAUGUAAAUGAAGUUACAAAUGCUCCAGGGGAUGUUUGGGUUAUAAUUCAUCUUUAUCGGUCAAGCAUCCCAGUGUGUUUACUGGUUAAUGAACACCACAACCUGCUAGCCUGGAAGUUUCCAGAAGUCAGGUUUCUCAAAGCCAUUGUAAACUUCUGCAUUCAGAAUUACAUGAUAUAUACAGUACUUGUAUAUACUAGUGAAAUAAAAGGCAGGUUCAUUGGAGUAGUUGAAUGUAGAAGAAUAAACUGUAACUUGUUUUUACAAGAGUUCAAUUGAAAAUUAGCAGAAGUUGGAGCAACAAAAAAAGAACAAAACCCCCAAAAGGACAUUAUGAAUAUGAUACUGCCAGUGUGAAGCACUUCUGCUCAUGAAGACACCAAUACAAAAACCAGUGAUGUGAUGAAACUGCUUGAGAGCCUUUUAAUGCUUUAAACAGAUCAUCUGUUUGGCAUAAGUUAGUUCACAUACAGUUUUUUACUCCUGUGGUAAGCCUGAAACUAUUAAAAACAGGGGAGGGGAAAAAGAAAAAACUUCUGGUUCGAUUGUGUAUUUUUUGGUUUUGA